UUCACACGACGGGUGUGCAAAGGAAUAGCUUCUUCAGCGUGGCAGCAAGCAUAGCCAUCACCAUCACGAUACUGGUCUUGUGCCUCCCUCCCACAGAGCCUCUACGUAGUUUACGUUGCCACCCACAGAUAAGGAAACUGAGGCUCAAGGGGGAUAGGUGACCUUUCUAAGGCGCAUGGCUGGUAGCCAGCAAGCUGGAUUAGGUAUCUUGCAGUGCUCUCCACCCCAGGUAAGCUGCAUAGCAAACAAGCACAGCAGGCACUUUUAUAAAGUCAACCUACAAAGGAACCAAUUGCCCUAUGGUAUUAGCACAAUACUUUGCUAUGGUUGAUGUCUAUCACUCCCCUCCCCCUCCCCUUUCUCCCUCCCCCCAUUUCCCUGGUCCUGUUCUCCUGUUCCCUCCAUUCCCAGGACUCUUCCCCUGUGCUUUGACAUCGCUCGCCCACAUGUGCUGUUCAGACGGUAUGUGUUAUUUCCCAGCCACGCAGUGUCACUUCUGGACAGUAGUCAUGUCUAGAAGAGGUACCAGCCAGUCUCAGCCCCAGUGGUAAUACCAGGAAGUCUUGCUGUUUAUUUUGAGCGACUUAUCAUGGGAUUAAAAACUGAAUAGAGGGUCCUGGGAAACGACUCAGUGGGUGAGAGAGCUCGCUGUGCAAGCAUGAACAUUCCGGUUCCCAGUAAAAUGCUGGGAGUGGCCAGGAACAUAACCCUGGAGCUGUGGGAGAAAGUGGUUGAAGGCUGGACCGCUGGAGCCCCAGGCUCAGCAAGAGACCCCUGCCUCAAGGGAAUAAGACAGAGAGACACCUGACCCCAUCCCCCCGAUCUCCAUAUAUAGGUGUGCACAUACACCACACACACACACACACACACACACACACACACACACACACACAAACCAAACAAAUGAACAACAACAACAUCAACAACAACCCCCAGAUAUUUUAAAGCUAUCUGCACAGCCUUAUAAAACCCCGGAUAGAGUUUCGUUUCUUUGGUUUUUGUUUUGGCCAUGUUACUGGUUGUAUUGUUUAUUAAAUUUUUUUUUCAUUUUUUCCCAAUUUUUACAUACAUUUACCAUCCUAACCGUUUUAACAAACAGCUCAGUGGUAUUAAAUGCAUUCAUCAUAUUGCACCAGAGCAACCGUGCCAUCCCCCUCUACUGCUGUUUCCUGCCCAGCCCUGAAAAGGAAGCCUAGGUCCUUGCUCACUCUGUCCUAGUGUCUGCUGCCACUGAGCUAUGUCCCUCUCCCUCUCUUUUCUUUUAAAUUGUAUUUAGACCAUGCGUGUGUGGCACAGGACAAUGGCACUCCUCUGGGGGUUAGAGGACAACUUGCAAGGGUCAGUUCUCUCCUUUUAUUACAUAGGCCCCAGGGAUCAAAGAGCAAGCACCUUUACAUGGCGGACCAUCCUGCCAGCCUGGUUUUGCCUUUUUCUUUUGAGAGACACACUCAGUGAGCCACACUGGGCUCGAGCUCCUUCUGUAACCCACGAGCCUCCAAUCUGCAGGCCUUCCUGCUGCCUCAGCCUCCCCAGUAGCUGGGUGUAUGGCUCUCCCAUUCUGUGAAACUUAAAAGUGUGUGCCCAUUAAACAUGAACUCUGCGAUAUCUCCUCUCUCAGUGUCUAGCAGCCACUGUCUCUGCAUCUUGUCUACUCCGGUUAUACCCACAGCCGCACUGCAUUUCCACCUUCGUGUCCACAUUAUUCCACUUAGUGUAAUGUCUUCAAGGUCCAACCAUAGUGUAGCAUAUGUUAGAAUUACCGUCCUUUUUAAGGCUUAACAUGUCAGUGUGUGUGUGUGUGUGUGUGUCUGUCUGUGUGUCUGUGUGUAUGUGUGUGUCUGUGUGUGUGUGUCUGUGUGUGUGUUGUGUUUGUGUGUGUGUCUGUGUGUAUGUGUGUCUGUGUGUGUGUGUCUGUGUGUGUGUGUCUGUGUGUGUAUGUGUGUUUGUGUGUGUGUCUGUGUGUAUGUGUGUCUGUGUGUGUGUCUGUGUGUGUGUGUGUCUGUGUGUGUGUAUGUGUGUGUGUGUCUGUGUGUGUGUCUGCAUGUGUGUGUCUGUGUGUAGUGUGUCUGUGUGUGUGUUUCUGUGCGUGUGUCUGUGUGUGUGUCUGUGUGUGUGUGUCUGUGUCUGUGUGUCUGUGUCUGUGUGUGUCUGUGUGUGUCUGUGUGUGUAUGUCUGUGUAUGUGUCUGUGUGUGUGUCUGUGUGUGUGUGUCUGUGCAUGUGUGUGUCUGUGUGUGUCUGUGUGUGAGUCUGUGUGUGUGUCUGUGUGUGUGUGUUGUGUUUGUGUGUGUCUGUGCAUGUGUGUGUCUGUGUGUAUGUGUGUCUGUGUGUGUGUGUUUCUGUGUGUUUCUGUGUGUGUCUGUGUGUGUGUGUCUGUGUGUGUGUCUGUGUGUCUGUUGUGUUUGUGUGUGUGUCUGUGUGUGUGUCUGCAUGUGUGUGUCUGUGUGUAGUGUGUCUGUGUGUGUGUGUUUCUGUGCGUGUGUCUGUGUGUGUGUCUGUGUGUGUGUCUGUGUGUGUGUGUCUGUGUCUGUGUGUCUGUGCAUGUGUGUGUCUGUGUGUGUGUCUGUGUGUGUGUCUGUGUGUGUGUCUGUGUGUGUGUCUGUGCAUGUGUGUGUCUGUGUGUGUCUGUGUGUGUGUCUGUGUGUGUGUCUGUGUGUGUGUGUUGUGUUUGUGUGUGUGUCUGUGCAUGUGUGUGUCUGUGUGUAUGUGUGUCUGUGUGUGUGUGUUUCUGUGUAUGUCUGUGUGUGUGUCUGUGUGUGGGUGUUUCUGUGUGUUUGUGUAGGAUAUUUUGUUUCUCUAGUCAUCCAUCCAAAUGCAGUGGGUUCCUUGAGAUCUGAACUUUCAACUCCUGGGGUAGAUGCUCAGAAGCAAAAUUGCUGGGUCAUAUACUAGUUCUGUUUUCACAUUUUUGAGAAGCCACCGUGAGGUUUUCUAUGCCAGUUGUACAGUUUUCUACCUACAAACAUUGUUCAAAAAAGAGGCCCAUUUCCCCAGUCUCCACCAAACCAUGGGAAGGGAGGGGACAGUCCUAACUAUAAAGUGAUAUGUCAUUGUUAUUUUUAUGUGCAUCUAUUUAAUGAUUUAUGAUGCUUAAAAAAACUUUUCAAGUGCUCAUUGACCCUUAACGUAUUGUCUUUGGAGAAAUGUCAUUCAUUUCCAUUUUUAAUUUGUUGCUGUAUUUUUUUCUUCUAUGAUCAACAAAUGCCCAGCAGAAACAAAUUAAGGGAGGGAGGAUUUGUUUGGCCUCAUAAUUUAGAGGUAUGAAGACAUACAUUUGAGGGCAGGGCACAGAAGAUAAGCUCGUAUCAUGGUGGCCAGGAAGCAGACAAAGCUGUACAUGGAAGGCUCGAGUAUUCUGAGCUGGCUUUCUCCCUUUGUCACCUUUUAUUAUCUGAACCCUCAGCCUGAGUAGAUGAACGAGGCUUCCCAUAUUCAGGGUGGGUCUCUCGCCCUGAUGUAACCAUCUGCAAACACCCUCAAACCCAGAUGUGUGUUCGACCAACUCAAAGUCAUUCUAAAUGCAUCCAAGUUAAGAACUAAAACGAACUCUUUGUCUUGUAUACUUUUCUGUUGCAGUGAUAAAAAUUAUCUGGCUAAAGCAAAUUAGUAGCAAGGAUUUGUCCUGCUUCUGGUAAGUUCCCAAAUUAGGAUGUUGGUUUGAUUUCAUUUUAGGGGUUUCCUAAGACAAGAGCUUGCUAUGCAAACUUGACUAGAACUUCCUGUGUAGACCAAAUUGGCCUUGAACCUGAAGUGCACCCCCCCACCUCUGCCUUCUCCUGCUGGGACUGCAAGUGCCAGGCAGCUCAUCUGGCUUCUUUUUGAUUUUACUUUAACAUAAACCUUUACAGCUAUAAAUUUCUCGUUACGUCUGCCUUUGCUGCAUUUCCCAGGUCUUGGUAUGUUAUGCUCUCAUUUUCGUUGGUUUAUUCUUUUAGGUUUUUUUUUCCCCUAUAUUUUGAAGGAUCUAAUGUUAGGCUAAUAAUUGCCAUAUCUCUUUUCCUCAUUGCACUUUUUAUUAAUGUAUAAUAUCCUUCCUUGUCUCCUGAGAACUUUUUGAUUUAAAGUCCAUUUUGCAUGACAUUAGUAUGACAAUUCUUGCUCUUUUCAAAUGACUUUUUCAAGAUACAUUAUUUUGUGUUCUUUGAUUUUCAAAGCUAUUUGUUUGUUUAGGUCCAAGAUGAGUACUUUAUAGGUAUCAUCUGGCUGGAUCAUGUCCCAUCUACUUUUAAAUCUCUAGAAUUUGGCGGAAGUGUUUACUCUAUUCACAUGCAAACUAGUUGCUGAGGGAUUGUCUUCAUUUUACUAUUUAUUUGCAAUUUGUCUUUGGGUUCUUUUUUUUUAUUUCCUAUAUUGCUUUUUUUAAUUUCCCUUUUGUUGAAUUUUAUGGUGGAAUAUUUAAAUUCCUUUCUUAUUUUCUUUUUAUAUACAUUUUAUAGCUAUGAGCCUUGUGAUUACCAUAAGAAUUCCAUUCAACAUGCUAAAGUCAUAACACUCUAAUUUGAAUUUAUGGCAUCUUCUGUAAUGUACGAAGACUUUUGUUCCUUUAAUAGCUGUUUCCAAGACUUUCUUUUUUACAUUUAUUUAUUUAGAUAGUUGUUAUUAUUUAUUCAUUUUGUAUAUGUGGGUCCCAAAGACCAGACACAGGCCAUCACGCUUGGCCGCGAGUACUUUACCCACUAAACCAUCUUGUUGUCCUGGCAUACCGUCCUCUCUUUUUUGUUUGUUGAGAUGAGAUGGUAAUGUAUACUCCCUUGGCAAUCAAGGCUGACUUCAAACUCAGACAUUUACUAGCUCUGCCUCCUCGAUGCUGAGAUUCAAGCCACACCGCCAUGAACCUUUUUCUUUUUGACAUCACAGGACUAUGUUUUUACAGAAACCUUGUACCCACAAAUAGAAACUAAUCAUUCUCUUAAAUUACGUUGGGAAGGAAAAAACUCUUAGAAGCUAAAGUUGUAUAAAUACCAACUUUUGUCAUUGCCCACGUGGUUACCUCUAUAUUACAUCUUUAUUUCUUCAGAGAGGUCUGAGUUACUGCUUAAGGUCCCUCAUUCCCUCUCAGGAGUUCCCUUGAGCAUUCUUACAGGAUAAACAUAGCAAAUUCCUUUAGCUAGGAAUUUCUUCACUUCUCUCUUACUUUUAAAGGACAUUGGAUUCCUGGCUGAUGUUUCCUUGUUUAUUUGGUUGGCUAUUUUUAAGACAUUUUGAACAUAUCGUCUUCUGCCCGUGAAAGUUUCUAUGAAAACUGCAGGUGGCCUUACUGGGGAGUCCCUUGUACGUGGCUUACCCCUUUCCCAGCUGCUUUCAAGAUUCCUCUUCUUUUGGAAGUUUGAUUUUGUCUGAGUUCGGUCUUUUUAGAUUCAUCUCCCUUAGGCUUUGUUGCAUUUCUUGGGUGUCUAUACCUAUGACAUUAAAUUGGGGGAUUUUUUCAGGCAUUACCGUUGUUAAUCCUCUCGGCUCUUUUCUUUUAAUCCAGAAUGAAUGUUUCCUCCCACAAUGUAUAUACUCAUUGGCGUGAUGAUUAACCUUCACCGUCAACCUGACUAUUUAGAAUCACCGUGGAAGCACACGUCUGGGGAGGUCUACCAAAGUAUUUUCAUAAAGAUUUGAGUAAGCAAGGGAAGACCCACCCUGAAUGUGGGUCACACCAUCCCGUGGGCUUGUAUCCUGCAGAGUUCAAAAGAAUGCUGAGAAAGAACCGGCAUUCGCUUCUCACUACCCUUUCAUGCAGCUGUCACUAUCACCCUCACACUCUGGUUACCACACCUUCCCUGCCGUAAUGGACUGAACGUACCUCUAAGACCUGGGAAGCUAAAAUAAACCUCUCCUUGAGUUCCUUCUGUCAGGUGUUUUUCCAAAGCACAACACUAAUAGAGCUGCCUGAUGCACUUCUGCAGGUCCCUUAGGCACUGUUUCAUUUUCUUCUUUGUACGUUUCCGUUCGUGUGUGUGUGUGUGUGUCUGUGUGUGUGUGUGUGUGUGUGUGUGUGUGUGUGUGUGUGUGUGUUUGCUAAGAGGAUAGCCAGCCUUGUUUUUUUGUUGGGGGUGGUUUUUUGUUCUGUCUGCAUGUUUAUUUAUUUAUUUAUUAUAUAUAAGUACACUGUCGCUGUCUUCAGACACACCAGAAAAGGGCAUCGGAUCUCAUUACAGAUGGUUGCGAGCCACCAUGUGGUUGCUGGGAAUUGAAGUCAGGACCUCUGGAAGAGCAGUCAGUGCUCUUAACCGCUGAGCCGUUUCUCCAGCCCCGUUUUGCCUGUUUUUUUUUUGUUCUUUGUUUCUUUGUUCGUUUGAGGUAGGAUUUUGCACUGGCCUGGGUGCCCAGUUGGGGUGGGCUGGCUGACCAGCAAACCUCAGGCGCCUGUCUGAAUCCACCUCGUCAGCACUGGGCCAAAAGUGAAUGCCCAGCGUUUAUGUGGGAUGCCCAGCAGACAUUUACCAACUGAGACCUUUCUCCUAACCCCUUCAAUCGUUUCAACUGCCUGGUUUUUCCAAAUGGACCACUUCUCUCCUCCCAUUUCCAAAUUCUUCUCCCUGAUCAACUGUGUCCCAGAAACCUUCUAGGAAAGUGUUCCUUUUUAAGUUCUGUUUUUCAGUCACAGUCUAUUUUUGGUUUCUGUUAGGAAUUCCGUCUCCUUGCGGCUGUUUCCCUUCUCCCAUACUUCCUGGUCUUGACUGUUUCGGUGUUGCCUUUGGUUCUUUGUGCACGUUAAGACCGUUACGCCUAGUAGAUGGUUUUUGUCUACUAGAUCUGUCCAGAAGGCCUGUCAUGAAAUCCUUUUCAGGGACGAUUAAUUUUAUUUUUCCUUUUGAAUGAGCACACUGCUUUAUUUCACCAUAUGCCUUGUGGUUUUCUUGUUGAAAACUAGGCAUGCUGGGGCUAAAGCAGUGGCUCAGAGGUUAAGAGCACUGGCUGCUCUUGCAGAGGACCUGGGUUCAAAUCCCAGCAACCACAUGGUGGCUCGCAACCAUCCAAAGCCCCAGUUCCAGCACAUUCAACGCCCUCCUCCGAACUCUGUGGACAUUGGUGUGCAAAUGACGCACAGACAUACGUGCAGGCCAAACACUCAGACACAUUAUAUAAAUCUCAAAAGAAGCUGUUGCUGUCUUGUUUUAAACUAGGCAUCCAAAUCUAACGGUGUAAUGACUCCAGAAACUGGAUUCUCCUCCUUCCCCAGAGUUUGCUGAGUUUUAAAACUUGUGACUGCCUUUGAGCCCUUGACCAGCACAAGAUCCUCUAAGGAAAAAAAAGAUAAAAAAAAAAACAAAGGGUUCACUUUUUAAAAUCUCCAAGAGCCAGCCUAGAAGAUCAAGCCAACCUGGGAGAUCGCUGGGGGAAGGCGCAAUGCCAGAGGCCAUUUACCUCUUUGCCCGCACUCUUUGGAUUAGAGACACCAACCAAUGGUCAGAGCACAGCCCCCAGAUGGCUGGAGAAUGGGAUCCUUGCUGCCCAUCUCAGAUACCACAAGUCACGUGCAGAUUGAGCUUGGAGCAUGGGGAGGGAAAGUGAAACUGUGACUGUGCUAAGAGAUGACGUUGAUGACUUUAUUUUACGGAUCAAGCCUUCUCCUAGAAAAGGCAAGCCCUUGAUCCAUAGCAGUUCCAUCAAGCAGACUUUGUUCUUGCAAUGGGGCUGAGACGGGGCAUGCCCAGUGCUUUUCACUCUGCCUUCUCCCCAGAAGCCUCACAAGGUUUUACUUUUCUCCUGAGCUGUGAAAUAAUGUUGUAAGGUAGAGCUUUGCUUUUCACUGAGAAGAAAUAACUCAAGCCCUAUGUAUUUAUUUAAUAAAAUUUUACUAUUAAACUUUUCUUUAAAGUGUAA